ACCAUUUCUUUCCAUUUCGACGAUGUCGUGAAGACGCCGGAAUUCCUCGGCAUCUCCUUCGAGACGUUGUCUUGCUUCUUGGAUCGAGACGAUCUGGGAGUUUCUUCCGAGAAGGAAGCGUACGAAGCGACACGGAAAUGGUUGGAUCACGAUUCCAGCCGGAAAUGUCAUUUGCCGGAUCUCCUGGACAAGAUCCGUCUCCCUCUCUUGCCGUACGCGUACCUAAAAUCGGUGGUACUCAAGGAUCCGAUCGUUUGUAGGGAUCCGCUUUGUCUGAGUGCCAUCACGGAUGCGAGAGACUAUCACCUUCCGGAUCUCCGCGAUUCCGUCCCGAAGGAGAAAACCAGACCAAGAGUCCCAUCUGAUGCGAUUUAGAGCAUGAACGAAACCGGGAAGAUCUACCGCAUGAAUCCUCAUAAUUGGGACUUGGAUGAAAUCACGGACAAUCCUAUGAGUGUUGAUUGUGCCUUUGCAGGAAUGGACAGAAAACUGUAUGUCACAGAGAAGGGUGAGAUGAAGAUGUUUGACCUCGAGAAGAGGGAAUGGAAGGAAGGGCCCAAGCCCCUGGAGUAUCUUCAUGAUUGGCUGACGACUGCAGUUUCCCCCGGAUCCAUCUUCAUCUGCGGUGGGAGGAAUCAAAACAAUGCUGAACAAAAAAGUGUAUUUUGUUUCUCGGUGGAAACAGGGCAAUGGAUACGACUCUGUGAUAUGAAGUAUGAAAGGAGUUCGCUAGGAACGUGUUAUGGGGACUCUUGCCUCCACGUCAUUGGAGGAAUGACAAAUAGUACUAAACAUGAGCGUUUGGAUCUCCGUACGUCUCGAUGGGAAGAACUGGCUACCCUCCCGGUAGAAAGAUGGAGUCAUGCCGUCUCACCUCACGAAGAUCACCUUCUCUUGGCUGGGGGAAGUGGCGGAAGAGAGGUGUUCGUGUAUGAUAGAAGAAGUAAUUCGUGGCGGGAGGGGCCAAGCAUGAUGGAAGAACGGGAUUAUCACGGACUGAUAUGUUGGAACCGAAAUUUGUAUGCUGUUGGAGGAUGGGAAAAUUCAUCAGUGGAAGUGUUUGAUGGAACAAAAUGGGAAAUUAUCAAGAAAUAUAAAAUCAGUGAUUUCUGGAGAGCUUGCCGAAUGAUGAAUUGAGAAAUAAGUUGAUUUGAUAUGACGAGAAACGCAACAAAUCCAAUUUCUUUCAUUUAUUUUGUAAAUAAGGACCCAUUUUUGAAAGAAAGGAGCAACGAUUCCUUCCUCC